AAGACGUACCGCCAGUUCGCUCCGUGUUUCAUGAGAGAAUCCUGUUAGAUUUCGAAAAUUGUAUCACUUCCGUUUAUAUUUCUAAGCAGGGCAAUUAAUGGUGUUUAUAAUUAUAUCAUUCACGACACCGAUUUCGGAAGGUAACUUCAGUGACUGAAGAUGGACUCGAGCCUCCAAAACCUCACCUCAGGCCCCAAUGAAGACAAAACCCUUUCAUAUCACUCGAUCAUAUCUUUAUAUUCCGGACACAAAGAUAUGUCUGCAAAGUUCUGAGAGCACUUGAUACGUAAUAUAAGAGACUAUUGUUUAAUAUGAUGUGACGUAUUUUCGUGGUUAUUCGAGGACAUAGCAUUACUCAUCUUAAAUGAAGUCUACAUUCUCAAGGUUUGUCGAACCGCAAGAUAGGGCAGUCGGUCUCCUCCUCCUCGUGUCCACGCUCUCGAGUGUACGAGGCAUGAGCGCUCAAGAGCAGAAAUUCACGGUGUAUCCAGACAGCGUUGAGGUCAAUGAAGGGGACGACGUGUUCCUCAGUUGCGUUGUGCAGAACCAGCAAGGAAAGGCCCAGUGGACUAAGGACGGAUUUGCAUUAGGUUUUGAGCGUGACGUUCCCGGCUACCCUCGCUACUCGUACUCGGGGGACUCAGAAAAGGGUGAGCAUCACCUGGUAAUCCACGGAAUCACUCUGGAGGAUGACGGGGAGUACCAGUGCCAAGUUGGCCCGACUGCCAAAACGAGUGCCCUCUGGGCGUCCGCUAACGUCACCGUCAUGGUCUCCCCCUCCAGCAUAAGCAUCUUGGGAGGGAUAGACGGCGAGCCAGUGGUAGCAGUCGCGGACAAACAGCUUCGAAUUCAGUGCCUCGUGAAGGAGGCGAGACCGGCUCCCAGCGUCGCUUGGUACAGGAACGGCAUUAUGCUCGACCAAAACACGCACACAGAGAGAGCGGAGCCGUCGACACAGUUCAAAAGGUGGAAUGUGCGAAGUCGGUUGACCUUGACCCCGAAGCCGGAAGAUGACGGCCAACAAUUCUCCUGCCGGGCGCUUCAUCCCUCCCUCAUGAACUCCCCCACCUCCCUGGUAGCCUCCGUCACUCUCUCGGUUUUACACCUACCAGAGCCUCCAGUGAUCUCAGGAUACAAGACUGGGGAGAUUCUGAAGGAAGGCCAAGACAUCACAUUGACCUGUAAGUGCGAGGGUGGCAAUCCGAGACCGCGGUUGGGGUGGUACAAAAACGGGAAGUUGUUGAACCAUCCCAACACCACUUACACCAAGGCCACGAAGGAGAACGACUUUGUGAAAUCGAGCCUGGCGCUGCAGGUGAAGGCCGACGAUGACAGGGCCACUUUUGAGUGCCGGGUGACGAAGAACGACAUUUUAAAUCACCCUCUUUCGGAUAACGUCACUUUCACCGUCCAUUACAGUCCAAAGCGAGUUUUCGUCACUGGGCCUUCCGUUGCCACGGCGGGAGAGGAGUUCACGCUGACCUGCGUCACGUCGAAAUCGAAUCCAUCGGCAGCCAUCAACUGGUUAGUCCAUGGGAUGCAGGUAGCGACUGUAGCGUCACUGAUCAGCGAAACCGACGACGGAGGCUGGGUGACCUCAUCUGACCUGAAGUAUUACCUGGAUAGGUCAUUAGCACUCAGCGAAAUCACCGUGGACUGCACAGCUCAUAAUCCCGCCAGCGACAGGAUGGUCAGCGAAUCGCAUGUCAUUAGCAUAAUUAAACCGCCAGGGCGUCCGUUCAUCAAAGUGGAAGGCGCUGGCGAAGUGGUGGCUGGUGGGAGGAUGGCUAUCAUCUGCACGAGCGAAGGAGGAAACCCACACCCGGGUAUCACCAUAUACAAAGGUCACACGAAGCUCCUGACGAAGGUUGUUAUAGACGGCAGGGUUACGAGGGCGAGAGCCAUCACAGACGUCGUGGCUUCAGAUAAUGGCAUCAAAGUGUCUUGCGAGGUCGCCAACCCUGCUAUUAGGGCACCCCUUGUUGCCCACACCAAGGUCAAACUGCUUUUCCCCCCUUGGGAAGUGAGCGCCUGGGUGUCUCCCGCCCACGUCGAUGCAGGUCAGGUCAUCAGCCUCGUCUGCGAAUCGACGUCCAGUCUCCCACCUUCCAGAGUUUCCUGGCGGUCGGGGCCUCUCAUGUUGCACGGAGCGACUUCCUCGCAAAGCCCUGGGCUCUAUGGCGGAACGGUGACAAAAUCAGUCCUGGAAGUCCGAGCGUUGAUAGAGGAUAACGGUCGGGUCUUCACCUGCGAUGCGAACAAUGGCCUUGGAACGACCGUGACGACGAACGUCACGCUUAACGUCUUACAUGGACCCAUCUGGGUGACGGUUCCUACUGGAACGAUUGAAGUUCAAGAGAAGGACGACCUCAUCCUAACAGCUGCUGCCAACGCCAAUCCUCCUCCUGUCAGUUACACCUGGUGGCGAGGUCCACUGAAGAUUGAAGGGCUCAGUUCCUCAGACGGGGAAGACACCGAAGGGCGCCUAGAAAUAAGGCGCAUUCACCGUCAGGAGGCAGGGGCCUAUUCGGUGACAGCGACGAGCCCCAGAGGAAGAGUCAACGCUUCUUUCAUCAUCAAUAUUCUCUACGGUCCAGAAAGUGUCCUGGCGUCUAAAAGAGUCACAGUCGACGAAGACGGUUCUACCUCAGUCCUCUGCUCGGCUGUUGGCAACCCUGCCCCUAACGUGACCUGGUUCAGACAAGAUCAGUAUAGCAGCAUCCGUGAAAUCCUAACGUGGGGCAUCAAUGAAGCGAGGUUGCCAAUACAAUACGCCUCGAGAUCGGACACGGGUUUCUACUACUGCCUGGCAAGUAAUGUGGUAGCCACUUCCGCCCCUGUGAAGACAGCAGUGGUUGUUACACGUAAGUUUUAAGUUCUCUCUCUCU